GAGUUCAUUUCGAAGCAAAGCCCUAAUAAGUUCCCGCCAUUGCUAAAUCUGGCGCGAGUUCUAAAAUGCCUGCAUUCUCUUCAUCAUCUAUUUCCACUUCUGAAUCUCUUUUUUAAUUUCUCCCACUGGUUUUAGGUCUUAGGUGUUUACGCCUUACUUUCGGCUGACCCUACUACGAUUCGCUGUUCUGUUCGACGACAUCAAUCCGUGUUCAUCUAUCUUCGCAUCGUUCUGAUUUGUUCCGAUUUCUCCUCCUGAAAUAGUUUCCAGGUGUCAUUUAAGACACCAAGUAGGUAUUGCAAGACAAGCAGAGAAACACUUCAAUCUUUGUCAAUGAAGCUAAGGAGUUGCAAUAAUAUGCACUUCAUUCAGACCAUAAAGCAUGGUUCAGUUCAAAAAAUUCCUAAUGUAGAUAGUAUAGGGAACCCAGCUCUUGUGUUUAAGGAUAUGAAGGACAUACCAUCGAAACAAGAUGACCAUGCUGGAUCUACUGAUGGUAUUUCUGACUAUGCUGCAAAGGGAAAAACUGAGUGCCUACCUUUGGCUGAAAGGAUAACAAAAGCCUUUGACCAUAAUAAUGUAAGCUAUACACCCAAGGAUGAUGAUCAAGAUUGUGACUCAGAUGAUCUCUAUAUUGGGAGUGAGACAUUGAAGCAGAUGAAAGGAAGGUGCAGAAAGAAAAAGAAAAAAGGUGCUUGUUUUGUUUAUUUGGUGCCAAAACAAGAACAAAAUGAAACUCAAGUUGGAGAAGAUAACGACCUCGAGGAAUCUCUUAGCAUUUUGAAGUCAAAACUCUCAAAGAACCGGAAAGGAAAAAGGAAACGGCCUGAUCGAUCUGUCUCUGAUGUCCAUAUUGUGGUUUCUAACAAAUCUGAAGAAACCUCAAGUGAAAUGGACUAUCAAUUGGGCGAUGCAUGUGUACCUUCUGAAGUAAAAAUUGAGGACUCGGAAACAGAACUCUCACAGUGCUGUAAUAUAUUUCAUAAUAUUGAACAUUGUUUUAAUGGUGAUGACACUAAUAAAGAAUGUGCUUUGACUGAGUUGGAAUACCAAACAUGGGUAUUAUCACGUGGUUAUCUCCAGACAUGUACUCUAAAUGCUGAACCUUUGUUUAUUCUUCCUCCAAGUAUUGGAGAAAAUGUGGAGUUUGUUGAAGUAGGUGAGACACAGCCACAAUUAUACUUGUUGCCUGCUCCAGAAGAUGUUGAUGAAGAAAGUUAUGAUGGGUAUCCUGUUGGUCAUGAAAGCUUUUCAAAAGAUAGACCUUAUCUUGAAGACCAAAGAGUAGACAUGUUGAAUAAGUUCCACAAUGAUGCCUUUUCUGGACAGAUAGAUGAUAUCUCUGGAGAUCAGGUUCAAGAUAUGGUUUUUGAUGCAAAUGAAACUGAGGAUAACAAUGGGAUCAAUAUUCUAAAUGGCUUUACUUUGGAGAACAAGACGAACUCUACUUCUUAUUCAGAGGCUGUUUUGCUUUCCACUGAGAUGACUCCAGAUAUUGCCUAUAAGCUGCCUGAAGACCCAGAAUUUUCUAUAGAAGCUAAUGCAGAAAUAAGCCAUCCUAAACCCGAGAACAGUAUAUUAUUAACUGUAUCCGAUGGUGAGCAAUCUCUAUGUUCUCCUUCUGCUGAUGCUGAGAAGAGCUACCUGGAAGAGAAUCAUCAGAUGAGAGCUCCUUUUGAACUCUCACCUCCAAGAAUGAAAGCUUCUGGUAUUUCAGAGAUGGACCAUCCUCCUGAGAGGUUGCUUUCAACAAGGAAGGUCAUUUCACCAUCAUCUCAAGAAAAGCUACAGAAGGCUAUGAAAGGCAUGGAGUUCACAGAAGAAUUGGAUGAAUACAGGUGCAAGGAGAAAUUAUACUUCAGAAACAGACAGAAAAAUGAAACCUUGCCAGGCAAAGUGGGUUUCCCGGGUAACUCCAAUGAGGAACGGGAAUGCAAACGCAAAGGAAACAAAAUCACUAUAAGCUCCAAACAGAUUUAUAAAAAGCACUGUAAAGAUUGGAAAGGUUCUCAACCAAAUUCGAAUCAGAAGAUUUCUCAAAAUUUUCAUUCUCCAUCAGGACUAAGCACAGGGCCUACCUCUAUGCAAAGUUGGUCUGAGAGUGCUGUGAAAUUCUCACAGCGUCAGAUGCAAGACAUGGACUGUCUAGCAAAAAAAUUAAUGCAAGAGUUGAAAUCCAUGAAGGACAUAGUAGAAGGAAGUCUGAAUUCUGAAGCAACCCAUGCUACAGCUUCACAAAUGAACACUGAUGAGGUAAAAACAGCCAUCAAGAGUGCAACAAAGAUUGAAGAAAGAACAAAGAAAUGGUUAUCCAUAAUGGCGAGGGACUGUAAUCGGUUUUGCAAGAUAAUGGAAAAACUGCAUGACAAAAAAGAGUUAUCCCCUGAAAGUGUAACUGUGAAGAAGAGGAAGAUUGUAUUUGCUGAUGAAGCUGGAGGAGUUCUCUGUCAUGUGAAGGUCUUGGAAAAUGACAUGUAGCAAAUUUAUAUAAACUUGAAAAUUGAUUUAUUCAUAUAGAUAUUAAAAAUUAAAGCCAUUUGUGUGCUAUGUAGACUGGUUUGCUCUAUGUUUAAUGGGUGGAAUUCUGAAUUGCAUGCAUAAUUAUUAUUGUGUUGUUUAUUACA